UUAAUAAGCUGAUAAAGAUGGGAGUGAAAACAACUUGUUUAACGCGUAGUUUUGUCUUCUCUCAAGCCUAGUUCAUCUUCUCAGUCUCUCUCUCUCUCCUAAUCAAUUGGAGUGCUCCAACUUUCUUCCCUUUAUUCUCUCCUUGCAGCUCCAUCUAUUUUAUAUUUUUUUCAAGAACAGAAAACAAGAAAGCAGAAGGAAAAUCAUAUAGUCAUGGGUAGAAGUAGGCCACCAAAAUCAGAGUCUAAAACAUCAAGAUUGCCUGAACCACAAUUUGUUGCCUCCAAAAAGAGUUCUGAAUGUUCUCAUGUUAGAAAGAUGGCUCAGAAAGUUGUGAUCAAAGUGCAAAUGGAAGCAGAAGAUAUAAAGCAGAAAAAUGAAGGGCCACCCUCAGAUUGUUGGUCCUGGAGAAAAUAUGGACAAAAACCCAUUAAAGGAUCCCCUUAUCCCAGGGGUUACUACAGAUGCAGCAGUUCAAAAGGUUGUUCAGCUAAAAAACAAGUAGAAAGGUGCAGUAAAGAUGCAUCUUUUUUCAUCAUCACAUACACAUCCACCCAUAAUCAUCCUGGUCAAAACUUGCCUAAUAAUGAAGAUUCUGCCUUGACUCUGCAGCAGCAAGAUCAAGAACCAACAGUGGAUCAACACGUGACCCUCCAAGACAAUGAUGAUGAUGACCCACAAAGAAAAUCCCCAUUAAAUAGUAGUAGUACUACUACUACUACUACCAGUAUUUCCCAAGGCAUACUUGAAGAGAAUCUAUCCACUGAUAAUUUCUUGGGAACAGUUUCACAUGAUGAUUUUCUGCCCCUUUCUUACCCUCAACUAAUGAAAUUCCCAAAAUCAGAAUUAUCAGAAGAAAAUGACUUUUAUGAUGAACUAGGAGAAUUGCAACUACCUCCAUCUUCUACUUCCUCUGCAGGCAUUUUUGAGGAGGCAAUCCUUGUAGAUCCCUCUUAGUAAAAUGCAGAUAUCAGUCACAGUUUCAGAUAGGUUAUAGUAGUGAUCUAUUAAGUUUGUGAAGUGCUUGAUGGGUUUUGUUGCCAUUAUGUCACUUGGCACGUUGUAUAUAAGAUAUCCAUCAAACAUUUCAUUUUGUAGUCAUGUAAAGGAAACUUGGUGCUUUGUUUUCUUCAAUAGGAUGGACAGUUUCAUUUA